UUAUUGACUUGAAUCUUAUAAAAAGUGAGAGGUUAUCAAACAGAAGGUUUGAUAACUUUGCUGCUGCAAGAAAAUAAGCACAUCAUGCAGGUGAAACGAUAGUCAAUCGACGACAACGUCAUCACAGAACAAAAUUGGACGAUCUUGGAUGAAAAAUUUGCGCAUUUUACCAAGCAAGAACGUUCGAAUCAUUCAGUCUCUCUUGUUGAUCAUUCAAAUGGAAUUAAUUCAUUCAAUCUUCACUGGAGUUGUUGAAACAAAAUCUGGAAAAGUUCGAGGUUUGCUGCAGAAGUCCAGCUUCCUUGGUAUCAAAAUACAGAAAUUCCUUAACAUACCAUAUGCUGAGGCACCAGUUGGUAAACUACGAUUUGAAAAACCCCAACCAAAGAAACCUUGGAAUGGUAUCUUAAACUCAACUGACGUCACCAUCGCAUGCUUCCAGAGAUUCAUAAAAGGAUGGAAUUUGACUGAAGACUGUUUGAUACUAAAUGUUUGGUCACCAUAUCCUACGCCAAAAAACGCCGCAGUGAUGGUAUACAUCCAUGGAGGAUCAUUUAGAAGCGGCAGUUACGAUUCAGAAAGUCAAAACGGUGCUAAUAUUGUCGCGAUAGGAAACGUUAUUCUAGUUACUUUAAACUACAGACUUUCCUUAUUGGGAUUCUUAAGUAAAGCCAAUUCUGGAGUCAAAGAAAAUCUUGGUCUGUUUGACCAACGGCUGGCCAUGAAAUGGGUGAAGGAAAACAUCGCAGCAUUUGGUGGUAAUCCUGACGCAAUCACGUUGUUUGGUUUAAGUGCAGGAGCUGCAAGUGUUUCUGCUCAUACUUUAUCUCCCGGCAGUUGGAAAUAUUUUGAUCGCGUUAUACUCCAAAGUGGUAACAUGCUUAUGAAUUGGACAUUAUCAACUGAGAGUCAGGCAAAAACAGCAUCAGAAACAUUCCUGAAAUCGGUGAAUUGCGCCAACGCUACGGACGUAUUACAAUGUUUAAAAACAAAAAUCACCCAGCAAACACUACAGAGGAUUUACUCAAGGAAACCAUUUAUUUUUGAAGCAGUGUGGACUGCCCCUACAGUGGACGGUGACUUUUUAAAAGAUCAUCCACAGAAAUUGUUUGCCACAGGACAAGUAAAACCAUCUCCCAUUAUUCUCGGUGUGACCAAAGAUGAAAUGUUUUAUAGAAAUGACGCAAUCCUAUAUCGAACACGUGAUCCGAAAAAUAUAACUAAAAUUUUUCAAGAGAAUCUUGAAAAAAUAUUCCCACGAAACUCUGAAAUGUUAACAGUGGCACGAAGUCUGUAUUCCUCAGACUGCACGCAAACAUUUAUCGAAGCAUUCCGACCUCUGGUCGAUCUACAAUCUGAUCUGGCUUUUACUUGCCCUAUAAAACAGGAAGCGAUCCUGCGAACGAGGUUCAUCGAUUCCUCGAAUGUUUACCUAUACCGGUACUCGUACUCCUCUCCAGUACCGUAUAGGGCAUUUCCCCGAGGUAUGUUUGGUUUUGCUGCUCAUGGAUCCGAUUCAUUGUCUGUUUAUGGGAUACCACUCAACAAUUCUGCAUAUCCCGAGGAAGAUAAAAUAUUGUCAAAGAGGAUAAUACUAUACUUCACCAAUUUUGCAAAAAAUGGAAAUCCCAACAUAGGGACAACCAAGCUACCACUAGUUUCCACUCUUCCAAGAUGGCCUCCCCAUAGCAAGAGCGGGCAGGAAUAUUUGGACAUGCGCAGUCUAUCACAAAUGGUAGUUGAAAGAAAAAUUCGACAUAAAUAUUGCCAGUUUUGGAGCAAACCUGAAGAAUUUUUACUGAGCACGACAAACAUUUCCUCAAGAAAGACCACAAGUCAACUAAUUUUAAUUGUAGUAUUUUUCUAUAAUAUGUGUAAAUUUCUAUGAAAUAUGAAUUAUUAUAGUGAGACAAAUUGUUCUAGUGAAUAAGAACAAAAUAAUGUAUUACUGUAGCUGAUUAAUAUAAUUUAAAUAUCCGACAUUUAAACUAAGAUGUCGCAAAAGAUUGUAUAGUAGUUAUGAAACACGUUUUUCAUCUACUACAAAAUUAAAAUUCAGAAAAAGAA